AUGUCCUCCCCCACCGUCCUAAUAAUCGGCUGCGGCAUCGCCGGUCCCGUCCUCGCUAUUCUCCUAAAGCGCAAAGGCUACAACCCCAUCGUCUUCGAAAAGGUCCAAGCUCUCGGCGAUGCCGGCGCAUCAUUGAUGAUACAGCCAAAUGGAAUGAAAAUCUUCAACCUCGUCACCCCAACCCACCCCCUCCCAAUAAUAACCCCCCUCCAAUCCCUCUGGCACGGCACAGCCAGCGGCAAAACCCUCGGCCACUCCACCCUCCCCUCAACCUACGUGGACCGCUACACCCAGCCCGCGAGCGGUAUAAAGCGCAGUGUCCUCAACCUCCACCUCAAAACCACGCUCCGAGAACACAACAUCCCACUGUACGAAGGAUACCAACUCAAGAACAUCCACGAACUCCCCCACCAGAUAACUGCAUCCUUCACCAACGGAAAAUCAAUCACCGGCACGUUCCUCAUCGGCUGCGACGGAAUCAAAUCCUCCACGAGAAGGAUCCUCCUCUCCAAAAAAGCAGGAAUAUCCGAAGGCCCACCUACAUUCACUGGCUUGAUUCAAGUAGCGGGGAUAUCCAAGAUCCCAGCUUCCUUAUCUGAGAAAGAUAUAUCCCUGAGUAACUGGUUCGGCGAGGGAGUGCAUGUCGUUGCGUAUCCCAUCUCUGCCGAGGAGAUUUCCUGGGCUGCUACAAUUCCGGAUACAGAGGGGGAGGAGAGUACGUGGCGCGCUGCUACUGCUGGAACCGAGGUGGAAGACUUACGACAGAAGCUAAGGGAGAAACUACUUGGAUUUGAAGACUGUGUUCUGGAAAUGGUGAACACAGCGGAGAGAAUCAUCUCCUAUGGAUUGUUCGAUCGACGAGAGGUUCCUGUCAAUCAGUGGUUUUCUGAUCGCGUAGUGUUAGUGGGUGAUGCGGCGCAUCCGACGAGUCCGCAUUUGGGUCAGGGGGCGAAUCAGGCUUUGGAGGAUUGCUAUCAUCUUAGUCGCAUGCUUCCGGAUCUGAGGGUGGAUGGGGUGGUGUGGGAUGAGGUUGAUCAGGGGCUAUCUGGUAUAUUUGAGGAGUUUGCGCAGUUGAGACAGCCGCGCACCUCGGCGUUGGUUAAAGAAGCCCGUCGGCUGGGGGAGCAGCGCGUUGUUGUGGGAGGGCCGGAACGGUGUCGCCAGCGCGAUGCAAGUAUUGCAUAUGCUUGGAGGAAUGAGGAGGCUGUGGCGAGGGGACUGGAUGGGCUGUUCAAAGAGCCGUUCUGA